AUGUGUGACAUGGGUGGACUGGACAACCUGGUGGCCAACACAGCCUACCUAAAAGCACAGAGUCUAGAUGACAAAGAAAUGAGGAAACGAAGGCGUAGCCUUAUACUUCCCCAACUUGAGAAUUGUACAGAGGCACUUGCAACUAUUCCCAAGGACUUUGAGGACAUCUGUGAGCAGCAGCCCAUUGGGAAAACAUGCUUCCGACGGUUCCUUUUAGCCUCCAGUCCAGAAUACCUAGCCGCUGCAGAGUUUCUGGAUGAGUUGAAUGACUGGAAUUUGGCAGAGGCUGGUGCUAAAGACAAAGCCAGGCAGAAUAUCAUUAACAAAUUCUGCAAAGCUGACUCCAAGAGUUUCAUGGCUUAUUUGACAGAGGACUUGGCGGAAAAAUGUAAAGUUGUCUCUGAGAAGGACUUUGAGGAGGUAAUGAUGGGACAGGUUAAGGAAGCCACACAAGAGUUCCUGAGAAGAAAACCUUUCACUGAGUUUCAGACCAGCCCGUUCUUUGAUAGAUUUGUGCAAUGGAAGCAAUUCGAGAAGCAGCCCAUCUCUGAUAAAUAUUUCUAUGAGUUCAGAACUUUGGGAAAAGGAGGAUUUGGAGAGGUGUGUGCUGUUCAGGUCAAGCACACGGGCCACAUGUAUGCCUGCAAAAAGCUGGACAAGAAACGUCUGAAGAAAAAAGGAGGUGAAAAGAUGGCUCUGCUAGAGAAAAUAAUCUUGGAGAAGGUGAACAGCCUGUUUCUGGUGAACUUGGCCUACGCGUUUGACACGAUAACCCACCUGUGUCUGGUCAUGACUCUGAUGAAUGGAGGAGAUCUGAGGUACCACAUCUUCCACACUGGGGAGAUUGGCAUUGAGAUGGAGCGCAUCAUUCACUACACAGCUCAAAUCAUCACUGGUAUCCUGCACCUACAUGCCAUGGAUAUUGUGUACCGGGACAUGAAGCCAGAGAAUGUCCUACUGGACAGUCAAGGCCAGUGCAGGUUGUCAGACUUGGGUCUUGCUGUGGAGCUACCAAACGGCAAAACCAUCACUCAAAAGGCUGGCACCAAAGGGUACAUGGCGCCAGAGAUCCUGAAGCAGGAACCGUAUCGUACAUCAGUGGACUGGUGGGCCUUGGGCUGCAGCAUCUAUGAGAUGGUGGCCGGCCGUCUGCCUUUUAGAGGUCACAAAGAGAAGGUCACUAAAGAAGAGAUAGUAAGAAGAACUCUAGAAGACGAGUGCAAAUUUGAAAACAAAAAUUUUGACACCCCCUCAAAGGACAUCAUCUGUCUUUUUCUGAAAAAGAACUCCGAAGACCGCCUUGGCUGCAAGGAUGACCCUCGAAAACACGAGUUCUUCAAAUCCAUCAACAUCCCUCGAUUAGAGGCAGGACUUAUUGCACCUCCAUGGGUGCCCAAACCCAAUGUUGUGUAUGCUAAAGACACGGGUGACAUUCGGGACUUCUCUGAGGUUAAAGGGAUUGAAUUUGAUGCCAACGAUGAGAAGUUUUUUAAGGAAUUCAGCACAGGAGCAGUGUCAAUUCCAUGGCAACAGGAGAUGAUUGACAGCGGACUCUUUGAUGAGCUUAAUGACCCAAACAGGAAGAAAGUGGGACUCGAUGAUGACGAUGAUGAGCAAAAAUCCAAAUCUUGCACUCUUCUGUGACAGAACAAGAACCUUGCGCAAAAAAACAAUAAUUUUUUUACAUUUUAUUUUAUAUUAUUAUUAUUAUUUAUUUACUUGUGUGUUAUUUUGUCUUUUUUUUUAGAUUUAAAAAAAGUAAUGAUCUUAUAGUGACUGCACUUGGAUGGUUUGUUGCUAAAAAAUAAUAUUAUUUUAGCAUUCGUUUAUUUUAAUACUAAGUGAUUUUAAUGAGCAUUUAUACAAAAGAUUAUGAAAAAAAUAGUAAUCUGUACUGUUGAUGGUUGAUGCAUGGCUGAUGCCCUAAUCAGUCAUAUCAGAUUUUAAAAGACAUGUUAUUUAUUUUUUUUAUUAAUGUACAUUUUUCAGUUACAUUUCCCUGUCAUUGUUAUACUGGUAAUAUAAUUUAUAAUGAAAAAAACAUGUUGAUAGUUUUCUCUAUGCGCUAUUAUUUAUUUGUUUUUCUCUGAUCAUAUGCAGAAAAAGUGA